UGAAACCAGGGUAUUUUGAAGCGUAUUUGCUCAAUUGCCGCCGUAAAUCCAUGGCAACUUUCUUGUUUCACAAGGGAGACAUGUAAAUCUCCCCUUGGACAGAGUUGUAAAAUCACUUUAUCACUCUGGGGAAAUGUGAGCUAUCGAUAUGGGAUAUAAGUUUCGAUAUACUAAACACAUGGAAUGUGGCUGUUUACCACCAUGGCCCAUUCCACUGUGUCAGAAUAAAAUUGCCCUUAAUUUCCCUAAGAAGUAGGAACUAGGAAAGAGGAACAAAGUAGUAGUAAAAGCCAAAGUACCAUGCAAUAAUGAUUCAAGUGCCCAAUAAGUACCGACAAAGCAGAGAUGUCCUUAGGGGAAAUACAUGGAACAAUAUUCUAUCAGUACAACAUUCUAAUCACUUUGAAUGAUCCUAUGUUGUAAGCGAGGUAACCAUCAUCCAAUCAUCAAUCCCCUGUUUUACAUAGAAAUCGAAUCAUGGUCUGACGACAAGAAGAAAUAAAGUUUGGGCACUACUCCUGUCCCCAAUACCUUUUUCAGGUACCGUACCCUGCGUCUCUGUGCUUGCAAAAGAUUCCAGGGAAACACUAGCAAAAGAGUGUAGGAAACUUUGCUUGAGAGAAAGCAGCUCUAAAUUCUUUUGCAACGGGAAAAAACAUUUUUCUGUGCCACAAUGAGUCGCCACCCUGAAGUGCUCUGGGCACAGCGGUCUGACAAAGUUUACUUGACAAUAAGUUUGCCUGAUGCUAAAAAUGUCAAUCUUAAGCCUGAACCUGAUGGCAAGUUCAGCUUUUCUGCAAAGGGUCUUAAUGGUGAGCCAUUUGAGUUUGAACUGGAGCUUUUUGGAAAAAUAAAUCCUGAGGAAAGCAAGGUUAACAUUGGACUUAGGAACAUAAUUUGCGCAUUGCACAAGACUGAAAAAGGCUGGUGGAAGAGACUACUGAAGUCUGAUGAAAAACCAGCUCCAUACAUCAAGGUUGAUUGGAACAAGUGGUGUGAUGAGGAUGAAGAAGAGUCAUCAAAGUUGGAUGCAUUCAGCUUGGAUGACAUGGAUGACAUCUCGAAAUCUGAAGACAUUGAUGAUGACACAAGUGAUGAUGAAGGCAUGCUCUAUCUCCCAGAUUUGGAGAGAGCAAGGAACAAGUGAUUCCUGGAAUUAUAGAAAAACUUUUAGGCAUGAACUGGGUGAGGAAAAAGGUAUACAAAAUACACUAGAAUUAGACAAAAUAAUUAGUUUUAGUUGUGUUCUCAUUAUGUUUGGAGCUAGAAAGCAUGAUGAGAUGCUUCCUGUUUUGGGAUUCCCAAAGAAACGUAGGAUUCUAAACACUGGAGUAAUGAUAAUUUAUUGUAUCAAGAAUAUGCUUUGAGCUUUCUUUUUAUCCUCAUACGACUCUUUUUUGAGAAAAUGUACACUAAAACACAGAAAUGUGUCUUAUUCUAAAUUACACAAUGCGUAGAGCAUGCAUGCAUAAGCCAAGUGUAUAUUUCUGUUGGUGCAUGGUGUUGAACUCUUAUCAGUGUUCAAAUGGUGAUUUUGUUUUAAGUCCCGGUUUGGUAGUCUUAUGUCAAGUUCAUACUCUAGUACUAAACAUUACAAAUGCUUAAAUUUGAGCUACUAUCCUUUUGAGGAACUAUUUAGAAGAUUA